GAAAAUUAAUCAAAGAACUACUCCCGAGACCCUUACAUAUAAUAUACUGUCAUUAAUUUUCGUCCAUUACAGAUCGAGCAAAAGAAAAUGGUGGUUUCCGGAGGAGAACACGACGGUAUUAUUAAUGAUGUUCAUCACGAUUGCUUCAAAGUAAAAGUAAGCCAGACAGUGGUGGUGGCCGCGGCUCUGCCGAUGCAAGACCACUGGCUUCCCUUGUCGAACCUCGACCUGCUUUUGCCGGCGGUCGACGUGGGGGUCUUGUUUUGCUACAGCAACAUUACCAGCGGUAGUCCCACAUCGACAACGACUGACAGUUUUGGGGCCAAGGUUUGGGUUCUUAAGAAGGCUCUGGCACAAGCCUUGGUCACCUUCUACGCCUUCUCUGGAGAGCUCGUCAAGAACGCCGAGGGAGAGCCCGAGUUGUUAUGCAACAACGGCGGCGUCGACUAUGCUGUAGCCUACGCCGACGUUGAGCUCUCUCAACUCGAUUUGUACAACCCCGACGACUCCUUCGAGGGCAAACUGGUUCCCGGUAAGAAGCGCGGCGUUCUGGCGGUCCAGGUUACUGAGCUCAAGUGUGGUGGCAUAGUGGUAGCAUGCACAUUCGACCACCGUAUUGCCGACGCGUAUUCUGCUAAUAUGUUCCUUAUCUCAUGGGCUCACAUAGCUCAAUCCAAACACUUCUCCCUCCGACCCUCUUUCCGCCGCUCUCUCCUCAACCCUCGCCGCCACGCGAGCCGCUACAUCGACUCGUCUCUUGACGACAUGUACGUUCCCGUCACCGCUCUCCCGCCUCCUCCUCCUUCCACCGCGUCAGCCGUCGAUCAGCUCAUCAGCCGAGUAUACUACGUCAAGGCGGAGCAGCUGGAGUGGCUCCAAGCUCAAGCUGAUACCGGAAACCGACUCAAGCGGCCAACAAAGCUUGAAUCUUUUAGCGCAUUCCUUUGGAAGAUGGUGGCCAAAUGCGCCGCCUCGGAACACCCCGAAAAGAUUUGCAAGAUGGGAUUGGUGGUGGACGGACGGCGGCGUCUAGGUCGGACGAAGGCGGCUGCGGAGGAGAUGGAUUGCUACUUCGGAAACGUUCUUUCGAUUCCGUUUGGAGGGAAGAGAGUGGAAGAGCUGGUUGAUGAGCCGCUUAGUUGGGUGGCCGGAGAAGUGCGCGAGUUUCUAGGAAUGGCUGUGACGGAGGAGCAUUUCUUAGGUCUGAUAGACUGGGUGGAGGCUCACCGACCUGUGCCGGGACUGGCAAAGAUAUACUGCCAGGGAAGUGAAGACGGGCCGGCGUUUGUGGUGUCGUCCGGACAGCGUUUUCCGGUGACGGAGAUUGAUUUUGGGUGGGGUGAACCGGUUUUCGGGUCGUACCAUUUCCCUUGGGGCGGAGACUCCGGGUACGUGAUGCCGAUGCCGAGCACCGCCGGGAACGGUGAUUGGGUGGUUUACAUGCAUCUGCAGAAGAAGCAAAUCCAAGUGAUAGAGGAGGAGGCUGCUCAUGUUUUUAGGCCCUUCAAAUUUGAUUACGUUCUUAAUAACAAUGACAAGUUAAUAAUUAACAAUAAUAAUUAAUAUAUUAUGCCGUUUUGUUCUUAUUAAAUAAACAAAAUGAUUAUAGGUGAGGAUCAAUUUCUAGUACUUGAUGAUUUGUAUAAAUUAUUGAAAUUGAUAAUAUAUAUAUAUAGCCUGUCAUGUGUUGUUA